CUCCUCUAGAACCCGGUCCUCUCUGCUCCGGAUCAAAGGUAUAGAAACUGUUCUUUUCUCCCCGGACUUCGGUGCACGUCUGCCGGACUCAGAGCCCCCCCCGUCUCUGACUUUUGUCCAAACUGGAUUCUCGGAGCUCGUCUCCAUGCAUGCCCGGCUCUAGGUUCUCCAUGGAGCUCUCGAACCUGUACGAGGUCGCGCCUCGACCCCCGAUGACCCACAUCCAGCAGCCCUCCUCCGGCUACAGAGACCCGUCGGACCUGCAGGGCGGUGAGAUCGGAGACAGCGAGACCUCCAUCGACCUGAGCGCCUACAUUGACCCGGCGGCUUUCAACGACGACUUCCUGGCGGACCUGUUCCACCACAGCAGCUCCCGGCAGGACAAGCUCAAGAUCAUGAACGGAGAGUACGAGUCGGUGCCUUGCGGUCCGGGCCCGGGUCCCCAGCAGCACUACAUGUCGAACUACAUGGAGUCCAAGCUGGAGCCGCUCUACGAGCACAACCCGCAGCGCAUUCGACCGGUGGCCAUCAAGCAGGAGCCGCGGGACGACGAGGACGUGAACCCGGGUCUACCUCCCACAUACCACCACCCGCACCCGCACCCGCACUCCCAGCAGUACUCCCAGCAUUCCCAGCAGCAGCAGCCGCACCUCCAGUACCAGAUCGCGCACUGCGCGCAGACCACCAUGCACCUCCAGCCGGGACACCCGACUCCUCCACCGACCCCGGUGCCCAGUCCGCACCAGCACCACCAUCACAACCACCACCAGCACCAGCAGCAGGGCGGGCUGAAGCUGCUGGAUCAGCACCGAGGAGGUGGUGGAGGGAAGUCCAAGAAGAACGUGGACAAAGGCAGUCCGGAGUACCGGCUGAGGCGCGAGCGCAACAACGUGGCCGUGCGCAAGAGCCGCGACAAGGCGAAGAUACGCAACAUGGAGACGCAGCACAAGGUGGUGGAGCUCAGCACCGACAACGACAGACUGAGGCGGCGGGUGGAGCACCUGACCCGCGAGCUGGACACGUUACGGGGCAUCUUCAGACAGCUGCCGGACGGGUCCUUCAAACCCAUGGGCAGCUGAGGGACUACCGUGGACCGGGACCGGAUCGGACCGGACCGGAACGGGACAGGGACUGGACCGGACCGGACCGGGACUCUGCUGGAUUUACACUCGCUAACGGUUCUACGUGUCUUCAUGCGUGAGACAGACUGAGGCAGCUGGUGUUCACUGAAAAACACGAAAAACUCUCCAGAGAAACACUUUGAUUCUGGAACUAAAGAGAAAAAAAAACACUUUUUAUAUAAAACAGAAACUUUGAGACAUGAAGACAUUGUCCGUCUCACUGUCCGUCUUCAGACUGUGGACAUAAGACUCUCUGUCUGUCUCUCUCUCUCUCUGACUCUGUCUCUCUGUCUCUCUGUCUCUGUCUCUCUCUCUCUCCGUCUC